AUGGCCAAUGAAUGGAAAUUAUGGCUAGAAUGCUAUGAUUCAUAUUGCCUCGCCUCCGGUGUUGAUAGGAAAGGGGCUGAAGUCCAGAAACACACUUUCCUACAUUGUGUUGGAAUGAAGACUCGUCGUAAGUUCGACAACUUGCAGGGCGAGAAAGGGACCGUCCAACAAUGUAAAGAUCUGUUGACCACCUAUUUCGUGCCAAAAAGGAACGUGGUUGCAGAGCGUUAUUCGUUUCGAUCGCGGGCACAAAAGGACGAUGAAACCGUUGACACGUAUAGUAACAUUCUCCGUGAACUGGCAAAAACAUGCGAGUUUGGUAACUUAGAGGAUGAAAUGUUACGGGACCAAAUCGUGGAGAAAUGCCGGUCGUCCAAGUUACGUGAGAAAUUUCUUGGACAAGAAACUCUGACACUUGAUAAAGUACUCAAGAUGGCUCGUUUAUUCGAACAGGCUACAGCGGAAGCUAAGGUGAUGAAUGCCGGUGCUUCUUCGAAGACACACUCCGUGGAUCGGGUCCAGUCAACGUCCGAUAAGAAAGGUCGAUCUCCAUUUCACACAUCGAAAGAAUGUUUUCGAUGUGGGAGAACUGAUCAUGCGCCAGAUACAUGUGGUGCGCGUACCGCUGUAUGUAACACGUGUGGUGCAAAGGGGCAUUACUCUAGAAAAUGUUCCGAAAAGAAAGAGAAAGGUGACACUGCGUCUGAGAAAAAGGACAAUGCUGCUAAGUUUAAACGUAAACCGCGCAAUAAACCUCGAAAAACUGUUCGUCAUGUACGGGAGGAAAAUGCCGACUCCGAUGAGGAAUUUGUUUGGAGCAUCUCCUCGAAAUCGAAGGAACGUGGACAACCUGUACUUGUGUUGUAG